AUGGAUCCCAGAAAUGGGACAGCAGCAGUUAGCGAAUUCAUCCUACUGGGCCUGAUGGACGGGAAGACGUCCCAGUCCAUCCUCUUUGUGCUGUUCCUACUGAGCCUCCUGGUCACUACUGGAGGGAAUCUCAGCAUCAUCCUAGCCAUCCUGCUGGAACCCCAGCUGCACAACCCCAUGUAUUUUUUCCUAGGGAACCUGUCACUCACGGACAUCGGCUGCAUCACCGUCACGGUCCCCCACAUGCUGGGGAACCUACUUUCCUGGAAGAAGACCAUCUCCUUCGCUGGCUGCCUCGCCCAGCUCUUUUUCUUCCACCUCCUGGCAGGGGCGAACUGCUUCCUGCUCACGGCGAUGGCCUACGACCGCUACCUGGCCAUCUGCCACCCUCUGGACUACAGCUCCAGGAUGAAGAGGUCCGUGCAGAUGGUGCUGGUGGGGGCCUCCUGGGCUUGUGCCUUCACCAACGCACUGACUCACACGGUGGCCAUGUCUACCCUCUACUUCUGUGGGCCUAACAUCAUCAACCACUUCUUCUGUGACAUCCCCCCUCUCUUCCAGCUCUCCUGCUCCAGUACCCGCCUCAACCAGCUGCUGCUCUUUGUGGCGGGCAUCUUCAUGGCCCUCAUCCCCAUCGGCUUCCUCGUGCUCUCCUACACCCGCAUCGUAGCCGCCAUCCUGAGGCUCCGCUCGGCCGAGGGCCGACGGAAGACCUUCUCCACCUGUGCCUCCCACCUGACCGUGGUCUGCAUCUUCUAUGGCACCGGCAUCUUUAGCUACAUGCGGCUGGGCUCAGUGGAUCCCUCAGAAAAGGACAAAGUGAUCGGGAUCCUCAAUAGCGUCAUCAGUCCCAUGCUCAACCCUCUGAUUUACAGCCUCCGCAACGCGGAGGUGAAAGGGGCCCUGCGGAAGGCAUUCACAGGCAGGCGGCCAGUGUGA